AUGACUCCGCUUUUUGCUUUGUUCGUACUUUUCCUGAGGGCUGCGGAGCCCCGACAUGUCGGCUCUGGUUACACGGCGCUGAGGACCCAGGACAGGGACGGGUCAGCACGUGUAUUAACCACGGGGAACGGAGAGUCAGACACUGGGGUGAAUCAGAAUCAGAUUGGAGGAGGAUAUAUCGAAUCUCUGUUGCAGGAACCAGACGCAAACCCAAAGAGAAUCCCCCGGGGCGCCAAUGAUGGGAGCUCGAGAAAACGGGACCAGCAGUCUCCCCACAGCUACCGACAUCCCAGACCGUAUGACCCGGACGGCUACUUUACCACGCCCAAGAAUGCACACCUGGCCAACAGCACUCCAGACAGAGAUUUCAAGGGGUCGGUGCUGCUCCACAACCCACUCUACCCGGUAACUGACAGCUCCUACCGGGCUUACGCAGUGAUGCUGCUGGCCCUCAUCCUAUUCUCCAUGGGCAUCGUCGGUAACCUCGCGCUCAUGUGUAUCGUUUGGCACAACUAUUACCUGAAGAGCGCGUGGAACUGCAUCCUGGCCAGCCUUGCGUUCUGGGACUUCCUCGUGCUCUUUUUCUGCAUGCCGGUGGUCGUCUUCAACGAGCUCACCAAGAGACGGUUGCUAGGCGACCUGUCAUGUCGGAUUGUGCCUUACAUGGAGGUGACCUCCCUGGGAGUAGCCACGUUCAGCCUGUGUGCAUUGACCAUCGACCGGUUCCACGCAGCGACCAGCCCUCAGCCCCAGGCCCCGCGGGUGGAGCCCUGCCAGUCCAUCCUGGCCAAGCUGUCUGUGGUCUGGAUCGGCUCCAUGGUCCUGGCUGCUCCAGAGCUGCUGCUGUGGCAGCUCACCCAGGAGGUCUCCGUCCAGCCAGGGGGCUUCGUGGUGGACCUGUGUAUCCGGAGGCCCUCCCUCAGCCUUCCUGAGUCGGUCUACUCGCUGGUGCUGACCUACCACGAGGCCCGCAUGUGGUGGUGCUUCGGCUGCUACUUCUGCCUGCCGCUCCUCUUCACCCUCGCCUGUCAGCUGGUGACGAGACACGUUGUCGCUGAAGAGGCACGGAGGAAACAGGGGACAACCACAGUAGUAGGAGGAAAAAGAGUACGCCCUUCCUCCUCCUCCACCUCCUCUUCAUCGUCAUCCUCCUCCGCUCCUAAGAAGCAGCAGCAGCUGAAGAGAGAGCGUAGGUUGAGUUCUACGGUCGUGGCUUUGGCCAUCGUUUACGCCGCGUGUAACCUCCCCGAGAAUGUCUGUAACAUCGCCCUGGCCUACAUCGCCAACCCCGUCUCCACGACAACUGAGGCCCUGCUGGCUCUGAUUGGCCAGUUCCUGUUGUUUGUCCGUUGCUCGGUGACACCGGUGUUGUUGCUGUGUCUGUGUCGUUCACUGGGCCAGGCCUUCAUGGACUGUUGUUGUUGCUGCUGUGAGGAGUGUCUACCAGACGGAGCCUCUUCAUCAUUGUCUUCCUCGACUACCGCCACAGCGGCCUCCACCUCCCUCUCCUCUCCGUCAUCACUCUCUCCGUCCUCCACCAAGGAGGAGAAGCUGACGAUUGUGUCUGGGACCACACCAGCCAUCUUCUAUGACAAGGCCAAAGACAGCUCCUCUCUCAUUGUCAUCGGAACACCCUGCUGA